CUCAUCCCAGAACCCUCCUCCCAAAACCCUCGCCCUGCCCAUCCUCCUCCACCGCCACUUCCUCCUCCUCCCGCGAAACCCUAGCGCCCGCGCGCACCACCGAGCUCGACAAUGGCGGACGUGGUCCAAUUCAGGCUCGAGCGCAUGGCCGACGAGCUCGACGACCUCGAGCGGCGCGGCCUCUUCUCCCGCGCCGAACUCACCGAGAUCGUCCGUCGCCGCCGCGACUUCGAGUUCCGCCUCAAGCGCCCCUCCCCGCUCAAGCACGACUACCUCGCCUACAUCGACUAUGAGCGCCGCGUCGACGCGCUCCGCGACCUCCGCAAGCGCCGGAUCCUCGGCGAGCUCCGCAGGGAGGAGGAGGAGGACGACGACGAGGGCGAGGGGAAGAAGGGGAAGAGGGGGAAGAAGAGGAAGAAGGGUAAGAAGUGGAAGAAGUCGGUGUCCGAUAUCGCCGGGGUUCUGAGGAUUUUGGGGAUUUUUAGGUUGGCGACGAUGAGAUACAAGGGGGAUUUGGAUCUCUGGUUUCAGUAUCUCGAGUUCUGUAGGGAGCGGCGACAUGGGCGGAUGAAGGAGGUGCUAGUGCAAGCAAUUAGAUUCCAUCCUAAUAUUCCUGGACUUUGGAUAUAUGCUUCAGCAUGGGAGUUUGAUCAGAACCUAAAUGUAGCUGCAGCUCGUGCUCUCAUGCAAAGUGGUCUCAGGGCUUGUCCAAAGUCGGAGGAUUUAUGGAUUGAGUAUCUUCGCAUGGAGCUCACUUAUUUAAACAAGUUGAAGGCUCGAAAGUUUGCUCUUGGAGAGGAUGUGAAAACAUUGGGUCGGAAUAGUAAUGAAUCUGAUCAGUGGAAAGAAGAAAACAAGGAUUUGUUCAUGCCUCUAAAUGAGGAGGGCAAGGCUCUGCCAAAAGAAGGCACAUUGGAGGAGAAAGAGGAUUUGUUCUGGCAGCAAGGUUUGUUGAUUCUUCAAACUAUAUAUCAUGGUGCCAUAGAGGCAAUUCCAACAAGUAUGAGUUUACGGAAGCAGUUCUUGGAGAUAUUGGAUAGUGUGGACUUGGCGCAUUCUGAUGAAUUGAAGGUGGAAGUAUUGGAUGAUCUCAAGAAAGAUUUUUCUCAUGAUGAAGACUAUUGGGAUUGGAUUGCUAGGUUUCAGAUAAGUGAUGCCCUCAAUCGCAAGGAUUUAUCUAGAGAAGAAGUUAUUUCCAAGUUGAACAAAGCAGUUCAGGUGUAUGAGGAGGCCCUGAAACUAUUGCCUACCACCAAGAUGUUUUCUUUGUACGCACAGUUUUGGUCAGAUAUGUUAUUUUCCGACAAAGAGGAUUCUGUUUCUCUCCUCAAUAAUGUCGGGCUUGAUGCUUCAGAGUUCACUUCAUCUAUACUGAAGUUAUAUGAAAAGGCUGAAUUAAAUGAAUGCCUAUCUGAACAACUUGCUUGCCAGUAUGUUUUGUUUUAUUUGAAAACUGGGAGAUUAGAAGAAGCAAGGAAUCUUGCAGAGAAGCUUUGCAAUGGGCCACUUUCGGAUGCUGCAAAAUUGUGGGCUCUCAGAAGUUCCAUAGAGUUGAAGUGGUUUACACAGAAAUCUUUUUGUCUGAGCAAUGACAACUUGAGCCGACUUUUUGAUCUACUGAAACAUGCGUUGACUAACACGUCUAUUUCUGAAGCAGAGAGCUUGUGGCUUACGGCCAUGAAGUUGUUCUCUAAUAACAAGGAAUAUUUUGAGAAGUUGGUAAAGGUUAUCAUCCUAUCUGUGGCAGAAGAUGGUGGCAGUGACUGUGCUGCUACCAUAUCUUCUGCUGUCGUGAACUGGGUUCUUCAAAGGGAUGGCAUUCAGCGUGCAAGAGAGACAUACAAGCGAUUCCUAGCUUUACCUCGCCCUAGUCUCAAGUUCUUUAAACACUGUAUAGAGCUCGAAUGGAACCUCGCAUCAAUGGGAAACAGCGAUGCCCUCGCAAACGCCCGCAUGUUGUAUGAAUCAGCUCUAUCCUUCUAUGAUCAAAACAAGGAGUUGUGGAGAAAUUACUAUCAAAUGGAAAUGAAGGCGGGGACGUCUGAGACGGCAAAUGCCGUCUACUGGCGCGCUCGGAAGACUCUCAAGGACUCAUCUGCAUUGUCGGUUCCUCAUGGCUUGUAAUGUUUGCCUUUUCUUUCCGUAUCAUCCAAUCCCAGUUUUGACUCUGAUUAAAUUAAUUUAUUGUAACUCUUUAGGCGGUUAAAAUUUAUGUAAAAGUUUUGUGCUGAUUUUUUUUUAUCAAUCUUCAUAAAUGGUUUUGGGAUGAAUUCCUAUUUGUGGAGUCCUAGAGUGUCUAUUAUUAGUUUUCUUGUGUUUGCUUGGUUUUCGACUUGUACUAUGUAUUUCCGAAUUUUUUGGGGCUCUGUUGUCAAAAAGGCUGUAGUCAGUAACUUUCGAUAGAGGCGGGGGAUCCGCAAGUUAUUUGAUAAAAUUUAGCGGGUAUAAUUGUCAAAA